CGUCAUCGAUUCACUGCAGCCCUAGUGUCGCCUAGUCACAACGCUCCCGGAAAGAGGGCCUCAUUUCGUGUUUUGGAAGAAAAACACGCUUGUAGUAACUGGCGAUCAUAGUGGCAACGAGAAAGAGGCGACCGACCUGACAGGCUUCCUUAACCCGCACGACUGUUUCGUAGGUGAGCUAAUCGAUAAUGCCACUCCCCGUUGCGCUGCAGACCCGCUUGGCCAAGAGAGGCAUCCUUAAACAUCUGGAGCCCGAACCAGAGGAAGAGAUCAUUGCUGAGGACUAUGAUGAUGAUCCUGUAGAUUAUGAGGCCACUCGGUUGGAGGGCCUGCCACCAAGCUGGUACAAGGUGUUCGACCCUUCCUGCGGGCUUCCUUACUACUGGAAUGUAGACACAGACCUCGUAUCCUGGCUCUCCCCACAUGACCCCAACUCCGUCGUUACCAAAUCUGCCAAGAAGCUCAGGAGCAAUAAUACAGAUGCUGAGGAGAAGUUGGACCGGAGCCAUGAGAAAUUGGACAGGGGCCAUGAGAAGUCUGACCGCAGCCACGAGAAGCCAGACCGCAAUCACGACAAGUCAGACCGGAACCAUGACAAGUCUGACAGAGAUCGAGAACGUGGUUAUGACAAAGUGGACAGAGAGCGAGAGCGGGACAGGGACAGGGAUCGUGAUCGUGGGUAUGACAAGAUAGACCGAGAAGAAGGAAAAGAACGACGCCACCAUCGCCGCGAGGAGCUGGCUCCCUACCCCAAGAGCAAGAAGGUGGCAAGCCGAAAGGAUGAAGAGCUAGACCCCAUGGACCCCAGCUCGUAUUCAGAUGCCCCCCGGGGCACUUGGUCAACAGGACUCCCCAAGCGGAAUGAAGCCAAGACAGGUGCUGACACUACAGCAGCAGGGCCCCUCUUCCAGCAGCGUCCGUACCCAUCGCCAGGGGCUGUGCUGCGGGCUAAUGCUGAAGCCUCUCGAACCAAACAGCAAGACUGAAGGACUGAACCUUCGCUCUCCUGAGCCCUGGAGACUUUCUUUUUCUCUUGCUUCCUUUUGUUUCCCUCCUUUUUGCAGUGCUGGGAUGGGAACCAAGGCUUCAUGCAUGCAAGUACUCCACCACUAAGCCAGCUUAGUGGUGUUUAUAAUAAAAGCGUUCCUGUGAUCAUA